AUGAGGCGGACGUGUGACGCUCGCGCGCGCAUCAUUUUGCAUCAGUGCCGCAAAAUGCGCGCGUGUUUCAGUUUCAGUUCGUGCUGUCAUUUGUUGCUGAUGGCCAAGUGAAUGUGUUUACAAUGUUUGUCCGUUGUUUCCUUUAAAUGCAAUUGUACUCAAAUAAAUACUUAAAGCAACUAUAUUAAAUAGUAAUAUUAUUUAGUCAAACUACAAACUAGACAAAACUGCAACGGCAACAAUAACAAUAACAAUCAAAACUAAAAACUGAACGUGGCUGCUGAGGGACGUGCGAUAAGAACGGCAACAACAACAAUUGCAAUUCGCCGACUUCUCUCACUGCAACAAAAACAGCAACAACAACUAUAACAAGAGAAGUGUGUGUGUUUUUAUUUUAGCUGCAUUCUUGCCAGCGUCGCUGCAACUGCGUUAACGGCGACAGCGACGGCGGCGACGACGACGACCGCAACCGCGACUUCGUCGUUGAAAGUUUGGAGUCCCAGAAACAUCCAAAACGUGGUUUCAAACCAUGUGGCGGCGAUGAGGCAGACAGCAGCUGGGAGCAUGCCGUGCCACUUGUUGCAUGUCGUUUCCAUGCAGCCAGCGCAACGGCAACAGCAACGAACUCGCAUCAAAUAUCCUGCAUAUUACUCAUACGCCAUGUGUCGCCAGGAUGCCAUCGUAGCAUGUUGCAACAGCAGCUGCCACCGCUUGCGGCCACGACGUGCUGACUAAUUGAACGAUCUAUAUUACAAUAGCAGCAGCAACAGCAACCGCAACUACAACAAUUAAUUUAAGCAGCAUCAACAACAACAGCAACAAGAACAACAACAACAAUCAACAGAACAAAGUUGCCCGCAACACAGCCCAAAAUGUCUGAGUCGCGUCGCCAGUCGGUCAGCUUUACAGCAAUGCCGCCGGGCGUUCUAGUCAACGAUAGCCGGGCCAAUUCCACCGAUGACAUACAAAUCGCCCUGGCGCCUCACAUUCAAACCUAUCUAAGUCAAACGGGACGCCGGCAUUCCUGCUGCAGCGUCAUGCUGCCGGUGGCCUUCGAGCGGGCCGCCGCCAAAUCGUGGCUGGAUCCCAAAUUCGAUUCGCCCGUCCUCGAGGAGCAGUUCCAGGCCAGCGUCUUUCCGCACAUACGCAUGCGAUACAGAUUCACAUUGUCGUACAUUUUACUUUGCUCUGUCGUUUGGUGUUUGUACUUCGUGAUCGAUGGUGGCUCGGAGGACUUUUGGCGACCCAUCUCCACCUCGUUCUCGAUGAUGUCGCUGGUCACGAUAAUGGCCAUGUGCUUUACACACUGGACCCUUUACAAGGAGCACCGAAUCCUGACAUCGGCAGUCACUGCGCUGAUCCUGUGCAGCGCCUCGCUGGCAUUUCUCACGUACACGGGCAGGGCGUUCAGUCCGCUGGGCCACUUUGCCAUUUGCUUGGAGAUCGUGCUGCUCAUCUAUACGGCACUGCCCAUGCCACUGUGGCUGGGCGCCAGCAUUGCCAUCUGCUAUUCGAUAGCCUUUGAGCUGGUCUCCCACGUGGUCAUUGUGGUGAGUGCCGUCCAUGGCGCCACCGUUGGUGCAACGCCAACGGAGGCGGCCAGCAGCAGCGAUCCCAGCCACAAAAUACUCAUGCUCAGAAUCAUGGCGCAUCUGAGUGUCCAUCUAGUCGGCGUGCAUGUGCUGAUCAUGAAUCUGGUGCGCAUGCGCGGCACCUUCAUGAAGGUGGGGCAGAACUUGCUGGUGCGACGCCAGCUGGAGAUGGAAAAACAGCUCAAGGAGAAGAUGAUUCACUCGGUGAUGCCGCCCAAGGUGGCCGACAUGCUGCUCAACGAGGGCGGCAGCGGCGGUCUCGACCCAAAUCAGCCGCCCGAAUCGCAUUAUAUGCGGCCGCGGGCAUCGCACGACGUGAAGUCGCUGUUCCGGCCCUUUCACAUGCACAGCAUGGAGAACGUCAGCAUUCUGUUUGCCGACAUUGUUGGCUUCACACGCAUGUCCUCCACCAAGACGGCCGAGCAGCUUGUCGAGAUACUGAACGAUCUCUUCGAGCGCUUCGACGAUCUGUGCACGCUCAGCGGCUGUGAGAAGAUCUCGACGCUGGGCGACUGCUACUAUUGCGUCUCCGGCUGCCCGGAGCCUCGCGCCGAUCACGCCAUCUGCUGCGUCGAAAUGGGCCUCGGCAUGAUCGAUGCGAUGCGCUGCUUCGAUGCCCAGCGCCACGAAGGCGUCAAGAUGCGCGUCGGCGUUCACACUGGCACCGUGCUCUGCGGCAUUGUCGGCACGCGACGCGUCAAGUUCGACGUGUGGAGCAACGAUGUUAGCCUGGCCAACAAAAUGGAGUCCUCGGGCAAGCCGGAACAGGUGCACAUCUCGCAGGAGACAUCGAGCUUCUUGGGCGACGCCUACUACCUGGAAGAGGGCGAGGAGGUGUUCGGUCAUCGCACCUAUUUCGUGGUGGGCCGUCGCCGUGAUGUGUCGCGUGCCAAUAGCCUGAGCCCGAGCAUGGCGGCAACAGCUGCGGGCAGCAGCUCGCUGUUGAUGCCUGGGUCGCAGGGCGCGCUCGCAUCGCUGUCGCAGAGCGCCACAAAUAUAUCGGCGGUGCAGCCACAUGUGCCGCCGGCCUCGCCAGUGGGUCAGCUAUCCAAUUCGCUGAAGUCGUCGCCCGUGUUGUCCAUGCGGCCACGCCUCACCUCGCUGAGCAUGAAGCUGCGCAAGAAGUCGCAGUCGCAGGGGCAUGCCCAUAGCCGCGAACGGGAUCUGGAGCGGGGCAUUAUACAUCCAGCUGCCGCCGGCAUACCGCCGGUGAUAGUGGUGCGCGAGAGGCCGAAAAUUAUUAUCACAACCAAGUCGCUGCCGGGCAGCCUGGACUCCGAUGAGCAGCCGCCAUCGGAGGAGCAGCAGCCGCAGCAGGCGACGACCAACCAGCCGGACACGCGCUCCAAGCUGAAGCUCAAGGUAUGGAAAAUGACGCGGCUACUGAAGCUGACCAGUCGCAAGGAUAAGGAUAAGGACAAAGAGAAAGGCAAGGAGAAAGGCAAUGGCACAGACAAGGAGCCAACACGUCCGCAUUCCAAUUCCUUGCCAGCUCCUGGCGACGAGACGGUGGCCUUCAUCGAGCCAGCGGGCGCAGCGAAUGGCCAAAAUCAGCUGAGCAACGGCUGCGGCUAUCAACAGCUGCCGGUGCUCGUGGAGACGGCCUGCAGCACACGACUCAAUAGCAAUCAAAUGCUGGACAUACCGAUGGCUCGGCCAGUGCUGCAUCAUGCUGCCACCUCGACGGCUCUCUCCAGCAGUGUGAUGCGCUCGCCGGAUGGCACUGCGAUGGCAGCCAGCGGCGGCAGCUGCUGCUCACCGGGUCAGUAUUCGAUGUACGACGACAUCAUCGAUGUGCGCUCCUACAUAAGCCAAUCGCGCAGCGAUAUCUCGCCAUUUGGCCGCACCGGCAGCUAUCGUUCCCAGUGCGGCCGUCAGUCAGCUGGGCAAUCCGCGGGGCAAACGUUGGAGCAAUCGCCGUUGCCCCGGCCACGCGCCUCCACCUUGACAGCGGGCGGGCGAGCCUUAGCCACGGAGCCCAGCACCAGUGCCAAUGCCAAUGCCAAUGCCAAUGGCAAUGCUAAUACCAAUGCUAAUCCAAAUGCUAAUCCAAAUGCUAGCUCCAGCGGCUGCUGCCUGCCAGCGCCUGGACCCACCGCCUAUUCGCAUUCGCGCAACUCAAGCAUUUGGCCAGAUGGACUGAGCAUUUGUCCGUCGGCCACAUCACGCAAGGACUCGGGCAUCAAGAGCAACUCGCGGCGCAGCUCCAUUCAGCAGCAGAUCUAUGCGCUCAACCAGUCGGCCAUUAGUCAGCAUCGUGUCUCUGGCUACUUCACCAGCUCGACGUCGAGCAUCUCGAAUUUGGGCGAAGGUGGCGCAUUGCCGUUCCCGUUGCCACCGCCGCCGCCGGCGGCGGCUCUAGCGGCACAGCAGUCCGCCCAGCUGAUCGAUCCGCUGGCCGCUUGCCUGCAGCAGCUGCGCAAGCAAUCCGAUUUGCAACUCAUCCGCUGCGUGCGGGACAAUGCGCGCUCGCAGCGCAGCUACUUGGUGAAGGCGCCGCUGCGUCGCAUCAGCUUGUACUUUAAGUCGCGCCAGUUGGAGCGCGAUUUCCGAUCGAAGGCGCAUCGCUUUGGCACCGAGAACGAAACAGAGGGGCCGCCCACGCUGGCCACGCCCCGCUACAACACAUACAUCGACAUCUUCGUGGGCAUCGCCGUCUAUCUGUGCAUAUCCAUCUCGCUCUUCCUGAUGACCCAGAACACGGUGACGCCCAGCUUCCGGCUGUGGGUCACGCUCUUCUCCUGCUUCACGGCGAUCCAGGUGUUUGCGCUGUUCUUGUUCACGCGCCAAAUGUGCCGACGACACGGCACUCGCAUGCGCUCCAAGUCCAGCGCCAGCGAGGCGAACAGCGAGGCCGCUGCACCGCAGCCGCAGGUUGAACAAUUUGAGUCGUGUGCGGAUCGCAUCUUUGAGGCCAUAUCCAGCUGGUAUCCUUGGCACAUCUGCUUGGCCAUCCUCAUGGCCAUGCCCGUCGUCCUGAUCAUCGCCAACUUCCUGCUGCUCGAUCUCACACAGCUGGAGGCAUUCGAGUAUCAUUAUGGCUUCCUGAUCUUCGUCUGCAUUGUGCACUUCUGCAAUUUCACCCAGCUCAAUUGCUGGAUGCGCAACGUGCUGGCAUUUCUGGCCGCGCUCUGCUUCAUCGGCAUCGCUGUCUCCCAACUGACCGUCUACAACAACAGGUCUGAGAAUGAAUCGGAUCCCGAGCUGGAGUCGGAGCUGAAUAGCAGUGCGGCCGCAUCGUUUAUCUUCGAGGAGAUCAAAUGGUUCCACGACUAUCACGUCGAGAUCUACUUGGAUUUGCUUUUGAUAUUGAUAUUGGUCUGGUUUCUCAAUCGCGAAUUCGAGGUCGGCUAUCGGCUGACCUUCUACGGCAAUGCGGUGGCCAACCAGGACAAGGUGCGUGUCCAGAACAUGAAGAACCAGGCGGACAUGCUGCUUCACAACAUAAUACCCAAGCACGUGGCGGAGCAUCUGAAGAACACGGCCAAGUACUCGGAGAACCAUCACAACAUCGCCAUCAUCUUUGCCUCCAUCGUCAACUUCAAUGAGAUGUACGACGAGAGCUAUCUGGGCGGCAAGGAGUUCCUGCGCGUGCUCAACGAGCUGAUUGGCGACUUCGAUGAGCUGCUUUCGCAUCCGAAAUUUCGUGCCGUGGAGAAGAUUAAGACGAUUGGCUCCACAUUUAUGGCGGCCAGCGGCUUGGAUCCAUCGCAUCGUGGCACCGGCGACGAGCACAUCCAUACCCUAAUGGAGUUCGCCAUCGAGAUGCAGCGCGUGGUCAAUGAGUUCAACAAGGAUCUGCUGGAGUUCAAUCUGAUCCUGCGCAUUGGCAUGAAUAUUGGCGAUGUGACCGCCGGUGUCAUUGGCACCAGCAAGUUGUACUAUGACAUUUGGGGCGAUGCGGUCAAUGUGGCGUCUCGCAUGGACUCGACCGGUCUGCCCAAUCGCAUACAAGUGGGCAAGGACUGUCUACCGUUUCUGACCGCCGGCUACGAGUUUGAGCCGCGUGGCAGCGUUUACGUCAAGGGCAAGGAUCACAUGGAGGUGUUUCUUUAUACCAAUCGCCGGCCUCACCUGAGCGAGCAGCCUCCAAACGUGCAGCUGAACGAGCUCAAUGAGCCCGACGAGUUGGCAACCGAAGCCAAUGAGAAGCAGCAGCUGCAAACUAACGAUGUUCAGAUUGUUAUAAAUGACGAGCUGCAAGAGCCGACUGAUGCGGAGAAACAGGAGUUGCCUGACAAGGAGCAAGCGGAGGAGGAGGAGGAGGAUGACGACGACGACGAUGGCGACAUGCAUUCGAGCGAAACAACAACGCUGUUCAAGUCACAGGAAUCAUUGCAUGCCACGCAUCCGAACGGAGGUGGCAGCCACUUCAAUCCAGCUAACACAACCGAAACUUGAGCAAAGAAAACUCAUCUGAAUUCAACUCAAAUCAAACUCAAACUCAGACUCAGACUCAGACUCAGACUCAACUCUAUGUAAAUGCACUCGACUUUUGAUCAACUCGGCCCAACUCAACUGCUGGCUUGAAGCUUUUUGAGAAAUGGUUUCAAAAUUGCAUUUAUUAUGUGUUGCAGUUGCCACAGCUGGAAAUGGAAAUGGAAAUGGAAAUGGAACGUCUGGGAAGGCUGCGAGUGAGGUGGGAAGGGGGCGUGGGGGAGCGGAUCAAACCGCACAAUUUGUGAUAUGUAACUAAUGUUGAAUAUGUACGAUAAAACUGUUGGGCACUUGGGCAUGGGUGUUACGCGAUAUUGUUAUGUGAAGAAGAGGAAGAAUAAGAAGCAGAAGCAGAAUGCUUCUGGCCUUGUUGAAGCUAUGGAUACGCAGAUCUGAAGCUAAAACUAACUCGUCGUAUAUGCCACAACAGGGGGCGUGGCAAUGUGUACGUGUUUCACUUGUAUUAGCCACUCAUAUAUCGAAACGUUGACUAACAACAGACAGAGAUGUACACCGACAGACAUAUUAUAUAUGUGUGCCAGUGUAUAUGUAUGUAUGUUUGUAUGCAUAUGUGUAUGUAUGUAAGUGGUGUAGCAAAUUGUUUGUUUGUAUUUUUUUUUUUUGGUAACCUAAGUAUGUAUUUUAGUGUUAGCUUAAUUUAUAACUGUAUAAACGUAAUGCCAAUAAGUAAGCAAAUUACACACACGCACACUCACACUCAGACCCACACCCACUCCCACACCCACACCUCCCACACACACACAUACACACAUAACUUUAAACUAAUAUAAUUUUGUGGCUUUAGAUGUAUUUGAUGUGUUUCCCUAGACUUAAGCAAUAGGAAAU